AUGCCAGCAUUUGAGGAAGAUAAAAACCACAAGCAAAAUGAAGGUGACUUUGCCAAUUCCAUUGUGGAAAAGCAAAGAAGGCAUUUUGAGGAUGAAGCUGCAGAUGGCAAUGAUAAGAAAGAGAUCAAUGGAUCAUCCAGCUUCAAACAAAAAUGGCAGUCAAAAUGGUCUCUCCAAAGAUCCUACAACACUGAGAUGAAGCCAGCUCUUUCACAAGAGUCACAGAAAGCUGUGGUCUCUCCAAAGAUCCUGCAACACUCAAAUGAAGCCAGCUCUUCCAUCAGAGUCACAGAAGUCAUGGUGCUUCCCCUCUCUUUUACCAGCAUAGACAAUGAGGCCUAUGAGGCACCGGCAUAUGAGGAGGUGGUGACUACUGGCUACUUAUCGGGACCAACCAUCUGGACCAUCACCUCCAGCCCAGGGACAACCCCAGUGGAGCCCCCUCCGUACAGCGUGGUCAUUGAGCCUUCUGCCCACGGAGAAACUGUGGUCGAAGCGUUCAGUGUUUCGGUGGCACCAGGCACACGGCGUGCCUCGGAGGCAGAUCUACAGUCCCGGUUCCGCCUCAGGUUGCUCAUGCCGCCAAAACUGCAGCGAUUUGUCUCGGAUACCCACGAACUCAAAGGUGUUGAAGAGCCGGCAGAACGUCCGGAGCCCCUCACACCCCCUCCUGCUUAUGAGAACGCGACUGUGGAGGAGGUCCUUGAAGAAGAAUUUCAGCCCUCCAGGCUAUGAGAACGGUGCACUGUGGACAAUUUUUCAUCAGACUUUCUUCAGUGGUCGUCCUGUUGCAAUCCAUGCGAUAUGAGAAACAUGGCCUGUGUGCAAGAUGUUAGCUGCUGUACCCGCUUUUUAAGAACUCUCCUGAGAAAUGUGCAUAUACAGGUCUGAAUUUCUCAUGGGAAAUACAAAUAUACAGUAUAUAAAAAAACCAACUUGUGUUUUCUGACAUUUCCAGAAUGUUCUUGGACUUAUAGUGUAGACUGCUUGAAAGCUGGCUUUAAAGAAGGCUACACUGAUUGGUGUAAUGAUUGCUGCUUCUUUUUU